AAAUUGUAAGCAUUAUCAAGCAGAAAAAGCAAGUAGUAGGUACACUAAAUUUUUUCGCGUCCUUUACUAUUAUAAAGUAACAAUAAUUAAAAUUUUUGAAAUUGUGAUUUUUAUGAACAUAAAGAACAUGGAUGUUACACAAAGAUUUAAGAGUUACAAUUUGAGAGUUCUAAAGACGAUUGGAAAAGGAACUUAUGGAGAUGUAUACUUGUGUGAAAAUCGUCUAGAUAAUGCUUUGAGUAUUGUUAAAGAUAUUGAAUUAAACGUAAAAAUUCAAGAUCACAAGCAGGAAAUUGCAAAUGAAGUGAAUAUUCUAUCUUCAAUGAAUCACCCGAAUAUAGUGAAAUUCUAUGAAUGUUAUUACACAGAAGCCCAUGUAAUGAUCAACAUGGAAUAUGCCACUAAUGGUAACUUAGCAGAGUAUAUGUAUCAGCGGUACCCUAAACUUAUAAAGCAGCAGGAGAUUCUGUUUUAUUUCUGCCAAAUACUCCUGGGAGUAAAUUAUAUUCAUAGCUUGGACAUUAUUCAUAGAGAUUUGAAAGCUGAAAAUAUUUUGCUCACUGGCAAACGUGGGGUUUUGGUUAAAAUUGGUGAUUUUGGUAUUUCGAAGAUGCUAGCGAGUGCGAAGAAAACUUCAACAGUGAUCGGGACCCCUUAUUAUCUGGCUCCAGAGCUGUGUGAAGGCAAGCCCUAUGAUACCAAAAGCGACGUAUGGGCCCUCGGAUGUUUAUUGUAUGAAAUGUGUACGCAUACUCGAGCUUUUAAUGCUGAGACGCUAGUCGGAUUAGUGAAAGCCAUAACCAGCGGCAGCGUCCACCCGAUAGACAUGACCAUAUACAGCCGAGGAAUGCAGGACCUGAUAGACUCAAUGUUAUCCAUCUUGCCGGACAAGAGGCCUGCAGUAAAAGAACUCAUGGGGAGACUGGUCAUUCUGCCCUCUGUCUAUUCUGUAUUCUUGGACGCUGGGAACGAAGAGCUAUUGUUUUCGAAAGCCAGCAAGGAAUUCCUCAAUGAAUAUGAUUUAUAGAGAUAAGGAGGAAAAUAUAUAUUAUGGUUAGGAGUAUGUCUAUCGUGGUCUAUCAGUCUUACUUAGGGAAUGUUAAGAGUAAUUAUUUAUUGUUGUUUAAUCAAUUAAUUUAAAUAGUGACAAUGUAUGUAAUUAUUAGUAAACAUUUUUGAGUAGUUUUAAAAAUGAUAAAUUGAUUUGACUACAAAUAAAACAAUGACAUUUUAAAA